UUUGGACAUCAGGUGACCUCACAAAACAAAACAAACAUUUCUUGCUAUCGUUUCUACUAAAAGAAAUGCUUAAAAGAGACUCCCUGAUAACAUUUGGGAUAUCUUUUUUUUUCCACUGCAGAUCUCGGCUGUUGUGCUUGAGCUUCUUUGGGGCAUGCAUAUCUAUGUGCCUAUAGGAAGCGGAGAAGUGAGCCUGAGCAGUGCCACGAUUUAUGGGGAGGCAGUAAUGAGCUUCUCCUGAAUGCUAAUUACUGGAGAAUUGUUCAGGGAGACUGCAAGAACUGUUGGUUUGUGGUAAAUUAGUCACCAACUCUAUUGAGAUGGACUGAAAGUUUAGAUCAGAGCUAUAAAGGCGCCAAAAUCCUGAUGAUUGACGGCCAAACUUGGUGACAGGACCAAUAUGGAAAUACCCCAAUUGUGCUAAACAGUGGCAGAUAACUUUGUAUGAAUCUAAUGAAACGAGUACAAUCUAUAUAAAAGUUAAAACUUCCAACCACAUUAGGAUUAAAAGGGUGGUGAGACUGGAUUCUUAAAUGAAUGAUCAGAGCUGUUUUGGUUCUUAGAUCCGAAAAGCUGCCCAAGCUGCCAAUGGUAUGAAAGAACAGUCUGCUCUGGAAAGAGCUCUUCCUGGAGUCUGCUGCCCUUCAUUUGCCUGGGGAUCAAGCUUUCUGGCUGUCCACACACAUAAACCUCAACCUUUAUCUAACACAGCACUGGGUGGCUCUUCCGAGAAGCGAUACUCUCACUCAAAACAAGCCUGCAUUCGGGGGCUUUUCUUCAAUCACAGGCAGCUCUCUUUUAAUUCCCAGUUACCGUCCUCCUUCAUUUCCAUUUCCAGCAACGAGAAGAGGGGAGUUAAUGAUUCAUUUGCUCCCAAUGACCUUUUGAAUAAGUGGACUGCAGUGUUUGAGCCACUCUUAGCUCCCCGCCUUCUCCCUCCUUUACUUCCCUAGUUUGGCUUUAAUAUUUACAGCCUCCUUGUCGGUCUACACGCCUGAAUGCCCGAAGGAAGCAAAACAUUUAUUGCCUUUCCCUCCCUGGUGUGCAGGAGCUAUUUCAUCCAGUCUCAUUCCUUCCCUUUACAUCACACGGGGAGGCUUGCCUCCUGACUGGGGACGCCCCGAGUUCUUCCCGAGUCUCUACUGUUUCAUCUGUUGAUUUCACCAAAACAAAAAGAUGGAUUCUGACUCCGACUCACCUUUUAACUACUCGUGGCCUUCCUUUCCCAAAAUGAAGAUUCGAAGAAGGACGCCCAAACAAGAUCGCUCCUUCGAUGUCCUAAAAAAAUCCAAGCCACCCUCUACUUUGCUUGCUGCAGGCCGGCUUUCGGACAUGCUGAACGGAGGUGAUGAAGUCUAUGCUAACUGUAUGGUGAUCGAUCAGGUUGGCGAUUUGGAUAUCAGCUAUAUUAAUAUAGAGGGAAUCACUGCAACUACCAGCCCUGAAUCCAGAGGUUGCACUCUGGGGCCUCAGAGCAGCAAACACACCCUUCCUACAGAAACCAGCCCCAGUGUGUACCCACUAAGUGAAAAUGACGAAGGGACAGUACAUUCUGAAGCCCAGAGGUCCUUCAUGUCACCAUCGAGUUCGUGUGCUUCCAACUUGAAUCUUUCUUUUGGUUGGCAUGGAUUUGAAAAGCAACAAAGUCAUCUAAAGAAAAGAAGUUCCAGCCUUGAUGCCUUGGACGCCGACAGUGAAGGGGAAGGGCAUUCUGAGCCGUCGCACAUCUGUUACACUCCAGGGUCUCAGAGCUCCUCAAGAACUGGGAUUCCUAGUGGGGAUGAAUUGGACUCUUUUGAGACUAACACUGAACCAGAUUUUAAUAUCUCCAGGGCUGAAUCACUUCCUCUUUCAAGUAAUCUACAGUCGAAGGAAUCAUUGCUUUCUGGAGUUCGCUCACGUUCUUACUCUUGCUCAUCACCCAAAAUUUCUUUAGGAAAAACUCGUUUGGUGCGUGAAUUAACAGUGUGCAAUUCAAGUGAAGAGCAAAGAGCUUACAGCCUACCGGAGCCACCAAGAGGAAAAAGAAUUCAGGAAGAAGAAUGGGAUAAAUACAUCAUACCUGCCAAAUCAGAGUCUGAAAAAUAUAAAGUGAGUCGAACUUUCAGUUUCCUCAUGAAUAGGAUGACUAGCCCUCGGAAUAAAUCAAAGACAAAAAGCAAGGAUGCCAAAGAUAAAGAGAAGCUAAAUCGACAUCAGUUUGCCCCAGGAACCUUCUCUGGGGUUCUGCAGUGCUUGGUUUGUGAUAAAACACUCCUGGGGAAAGAGUCACUGCAGUGUUCCAACUGUAAUGCAAAUGUGCACAAGGGUUGUAAAGAUGCUGCGCCUCUAUGCACCAAGAAAUUCCAAGAGAAACAUAACAAGAACAAACCACAGACCAUCCUUGGAAAUUCUUCAUUUAGAGACAUCCCACAGCCUGGUCUCUCCUUGCACCCUUCUUCCUCCAUGCCUGUUGGAUUGCCGACUGGAAAGAGGGAGACUGCGGGACACGCUCAUCCAUUGUCCAGAAGUGUUCCAGGCACCACCUUGGAAAGGAGGUCAGCCACAUCCUUGGAGUCUGAGAGUGACAGUAACAGCUGCAGAAGCAGGUCUCAUUCUGAUGAGCUGCUACAGUCCAUGGGCUCUUCUCCCUCUACAGAGUCUUUCAUAAUGGAAGAUGUUGUGGAUUAUUCUCUGUGGAGUGACCUCAGCAGUGAUGCCCAGGAGUUUGAAGCAGAAUCUUGGAGUCUUGUGGUGGAUCCCUCAUUUUGUAAUAGGCAGGAGAAGGAUGUCAUCAAAAGACAGGAUGUCAUUUUUGAGCUAAUGCAAACAGAGAUGCAUCACAUCCAGACCCUGUUCAUCAUGUCUGAGAUCUUCAGGAAAGGCAUGAAAGAGGAGCUUCAGCUGGACCACAGCACCGUGGAUAAAAUUUUCCCCUGUUUAGAUGAGUUGCUUGAAAUCCACAGGCUUUUCUUCUACAGUAUGAAGGAACGAAGGCAGGAAUCCUGUGCCGGCAGUGACAGGAAUUUUGUGAUCGACCGAAUUGGAGAUAUUCUGGUACAGCAGUUUUCAGAAGAAAAUGCAAGUAAAAUGAAGAAAAUAUAUGGAGAAUUCUGUAGCCAUCAUAAAGAAGCUGUUAACCUCUUUAAAGAACUCCAGCAGAAUAAAAAGUUUCAGAAUUUUAUUAAGCUCCGAAAUAGUAAUCUUUUGGCUCGACGCCGAGGAAUUCCAGAAUGCAUUCUGUUGGUCACUCAGCGUAUUACAAAAUACCCUGUCUUGGUGGAAAGGAUAUUGCAGUACACAAAGGAAAGAACCGAAGAACAUAAGGACUUAUGCAAAGCUCUUUGCUUAAUUAAAGACAUGAUCGCAACAGUGGAUUUAAAAGUCAAUGAAUAUGAGAAAAACCAAAAAUGGCUUGAGAUCCUAAAUAAGAUUGAAAACAAAACAUACACGAAGCUCAAAAAUGGACAUGUGUUUAGGAAGCAGGCACUGAUGAGUGAAGAAAGGACUCUGUUAUAUGAUGGCCUUGUUUACUGGAAAACUGCUACAGGUCGUUUCAAAGAUAUCCUAGCUCUACUUCUAACUGAUGUGCUGCUCUUUUUACAAGAAAAAGACCAGAAAUACAUCUUUGCAGCCGUUGAUCAGAAGCCAUCGGUUAUUUCCCUUCAAAAGCUUAUUGCUAGAGAAGUUGCUAAUGAGGAGAGAGGAAUGUUUCUGAUCAGUGCUUCGUCUGCUGGUCCUGAGAUGUAUGAAAUUCAUACCAAUUCCAAGGAGGAACGCAAUAACUGGAUGAGACGGAUCCAGCAGGCUGUAGAAAGUUGUCCUGAAGAAAAAGGGGGAAGGACAAGUGAAUCUGACGAAGACAAGAGGAAAGCUGAAGCCAGAGUGGCCAAAAUUCAGCAAUGUCAAGAAAUGCUCACUAACCAAGACCAACAAAUUUGUGCGUAUUUGGAGGAGAAGCUGCAUAUCUAUGCUGAACUUGGAGAACUGAGUGGAUUUGAGGACGUCCAUCUAGAGCCCCACCUCCUUAUUAAACCUGACCCAGGCGAGCCUCCCCAGGCAGCCUCAUUACUGGCAGCAGCACUGAAAGAAGCUGAGAGCCUACAAGUUGCAGUGAAGGCCUCACAGAUGGGCGACGUGAGUCAAUCACGCGAGGACAGCCGUGGAGACUCUGUCUUGGUGGACACACUCAGUUCUCAUGAUGUACCAGGAUCGCCGACUGCCUCAUUAGUCACAGGAGGGAGAGAAGAAAGAGGCUGUUCGGAUGUGGAUCCCGGGAUCCAGGGUGUGGUAACCGACUUGGCUGUCUCUGAUGCAGGGGAGAAGGUGGAAUGUAGAAAUUUUCCAGGUUCUUCACAGUCAGAGAUUAUACAAGCCAUACAGAAUUUAACCCGUCUCUUAUAUAGCCUUCAGGCCGCCUUGACCAUUCAGGACAGCCACAUUGAGAUCCACAGGCUGGUUCUCCAGCAGCAGGAGGGCCUGUCUCUCGGCCACUCUGUCCUCCGAGGCGGCCCUUUGCAGGACCAGAAGUCCCGCGACGCGGACAGGCAGCAUGAGGAGCUGGCCAACGUGCAUCAGCUCCAGCACCAGCUCCAGCAGGAGCAGCGGCGCUGGCUCCGCAGGUGUGACCAGCAGCAGCGGGCGCAGGCGGCCAAGGAGAGCUGGCUGCAGGAGCGGGAGCGGGAGUGCCAGUCGCAGGAGGAGCUGCUGCUGCGGAGCCGUGGGGAGCUGGACCUCCAGCUCCAGGAGUAUCAGCACAGCCUGGAGCGGCUGAGGGAGGGCCAGCGCCUGGUGGAGAGGGAGCGGGCGAGGAUGCAGGCCCAGCAGAGCCUGCUGAGCCACUGGAAGCACGGCCGGCAGAGGAGCCUGCCCGCGGUGUUCCUUCCAGGUGGCCCCGAGGUAAUGGAACUUAAUCGAUCUGAGAGUUUGUGUCAUGAAAACUCAUUCUUCAUCAAUGAAGCUUUAGUACAAAUGUCAUUUAACACUUUCAACAAACCGAAUCCAUCAGUUAUACAUCAGGAUGCCACUUACCCCACAACUCGAUCUCCUUCUGACUUGGUAAGGACUAGUGAAAAUCAAGUAGACCUCAAGAUGGACCCUUCUCAGCCUUCGAAUGUCAGUCACGAACUGUGGACAGCCGCCGCUGGGUCCAGCCAUCAGAUACUUCCUUUCCACGAAAGCAGCAAGGAUUCUUGUAAAAAUGAUUUGGAAACCUCCCACACUGAGUCCCCAACCCCUCAUGACUCAAAUUCACACCGCUCUCAACUGCAGGCGUUUAUAACAGAAGGAAAGCUAAAUCUACCGGCAAGGACAAUGACCAGACAAGAUGGGGAAACUGGAGAUGGCGCCAAAGAAAAUAUUGUUUACCUCUAAUUGUGUUGUCAUUUUUCCAAACAAAACAAAACACUGGCACUUUUGGGAGAAACUUUUUUUUUUUUUCCAUUCCUCAUGUAUGUGUGAUUGUCUGUGUCCAAAUUGCUUUAAGAAUAAUAUUUAAUAUUUCCUGCAAGCUCAUUUUUUGGCAUAAGUCUAAUUAAAUUAUUGAAAGCAGCCCUGUUUGUAUAAUCUUUAACUUAUCACAUCUAAUUUCAGAUUUCUGGAGGAGAAGCUAACUUGAACAAGCAGAAAUAUUUUAAAAGUUGUUUUGACUCUAGAGUAAAAUUCCAUGUCACAUUUUCUAUCCAAUCACUGGAUUUCGAGAUUCCUUUUAAGAUCUCAAUGAAGCAAUUUGGAUUUAAAGAGUGGUAUUCACAAGGGGUGAACUUUCACAGCCAGGGCAGUUGCCUCAGUGCCCACAUAGGCAGAGGAGGAUGUGGGAAAGGGCUUUUCUCAGCUAGUUUUUAUGUGCUUAUUUCUUCUGGGAGCAUUAAAAGUGGUGAUCUGUUACAGUCACUAUUCAACUGGGCACCUGUUGUGAUUGGUCAGUCACUGAGCUAGGGAUACAGUCCGGACUUGCUUAGUACCUAAGCCUAAUGCUGGUGGGGUUUCAAGACACAGUUCAGCAUCAUCUUUUAACGAGGCCCAGAGGCCUAGAGCUCCCAGUAAGUCAUUUUGAUGUAAAUAGUGAACUUUGUUAGAGCCCUCAGUUCUAUCAGCUGGCCUGUCCCUCCCAGCACCUAGAGCACCAACUACCACUCCCUGGAAAGAACCCUUCUCUGCAGUUUUUUUAAGGACAAAACUGCCCACUCCUCAUGAAGCUUGCUGCCUGGAAACACGUUUCCACAAAGGAAAACUGGCAUAUCCUGCCUUCUGAGUAGUAUGGGUCUGUGUGAGAAACCAGGAGAUAUUUUUAUCUUGUUCGGAAGUACUUGUAUGUAUUUUGGUGUCAAUAAAUAUCUUUUACCUCAUUA